AUGAGCAAAUUUGAAGAUUUGACUUGUGAGCUUAGCCAUUGCAAGAGAAAGGUUAAACACUUUGUACCUUGUGCUGAUAAAUAUGUGUGUGGGUGCUGAAAGAAGCAGAAAUACUUUAAGAGAGAGAGUUUCAGGCUUGUUGACCCUGAGGAGAUUGUAAAGUCGUUGGAAUAUGUGGAAAUUAAUAUACAAGCUAUCAAGAAUACUUGUGUUGGUCAAGAAUCAGCUGUUACAGAAGCAUGGAGAGACUUGAAAGGUUUCCUUGAAAGCUUUAAACAGAGAGCAGUCCAAGGUAGAGCCACAUUAAAAGAACUCUUACAUAACAAGAAUUGGCCUGAACUAAGCCAGCUCGAACUUCAGACAGAUGCAAUCGUUGAAGAGUUGAAUGAAAGCCAAAUAUUCAGAGACUUCAUUCACUAUCAACAUGCUGAGAAUAUCAGACUUAGUUCCAACGAAGUCCUUGCUGACAAUGUUGCAAUGCAAGAAAAUUACAAGCUCAGAAGAGCCCUUGAGAAACUCGUAAGAGAAAAAGCGGCUACAGAAAGAAACUACAGAGGCCAGAUUGCAGAAUUGUUGAAUAGUAAAGAAGAAAUUGCAAGACAAAGAGAGCAAUUCGCCAACGACCUUGAGGCUGCCCAACAAAGACUAGUAGAGCUUGAAGAUGUACAAGCAAGAGUUCAAGAGCUCGAAGAGAGAAAUACUGACUUGACAGAGAUCUUGUUAAACAUCAGACAGAAAGAGAGGAGCAUCUGACUCAGAUUAAAGAUCUAAAGAGUA